GGAGGCCAAAGGUGGUAGAUGCAUGAGCCUCAAACACCACCACAACUCAAAACUCAUUGAACGUUUCUCCUUUUUUUUUCUUUUGUUUCUUCUCUACAAGUAUAUCCAGAACUAUAUAAGACCUUCUUGUCACUUACCACCUUCUUCUUAAAGAGAAGUAAACAACUUCAAAAGUUAAAUAAUGGUGAGCUUAAGAAGGCGCAGGCUACUGGGACUUUGUUGUGGACCAAAUGGUUAUGUGACACCGCUUCCUUUUCUAACUGCUGAGGAGAUGAUCACUGGGAUUCCAAAUCCAAUUCCUAAUGGGGUAGCAGCUUGUUGUAGCGGGCAUAAGGAGGAGAAAACGCUUAUUGAAGAAGGGUCACGAUCCCAGAGGCAAAGAACUCCGUCCAAAUAUAGUAUGCAAUUCAGGUCUGAUUUCUCAGCUGUUUCACCGGAUGAUUCUAGUUCCAUCUCUCCGAAAAUGGAGCAAGACAUAUGUGAUUCAGACCAGCCGCUGAAACGCAGAAAACGGCAUAGAAGAAAGCAAGUAAAAAACAAAGAACCAUGUUUGAUGAGAGGAGUCUAUUACAAGAACAUGAAAUGGCAAGCAGCCAUUAAAGUUGAGAAGCGACAGAUCCACUUGGGAACUUUCUCUUCUCAAGAAGAGGCUGCUCGUUUAUACGAUAGGGCUGCUUUCAUGUGUGGAAGGGAACCAAACUUUGAGCUCUCGGAAGAGGAUAAACGAGAGCUCAAACAACAAAGCUGGGAAGGGUUUUUGGCUUGCACACGCCGAAAAAUUACUAACAAAAGUAUUCUUUUGCCACUAAAGCAACCAUGUUAUAUGUUUUCUCUCUGACCAACUUUAGCUCUGCUCUCCGAAUAUUACAGAACCUAAGAGAAGGAUUGAGCAAGCGGAACUCGAAUUAGGGGGGUUGGGCGUGUAACUGAUGAUAAGGAGAUCAAUGGUAGUCAUGGUCCGCUAUUUACCUGAAGAAAAAAGAACGAGAUUCACAAAACGUAACUACUCUUGCAGGCAUCUCUACAAUUUUUUGGCAGAGGUAAAGAGACUCAAAUACGAAGAAAAUGUUAGAUACAUUUUACCAAAAAAAAAAAAAAAAAAAUGUUAGAAACAUGAGGCUUAAGAGAUGUAUCAAACAAUUGAUUAGUUAUAUUUAUCCAGACAUCAUUUCUGUAGCUUAUUCACGGGGUAAGUUGUCGAAAAAAAAAGAUAACUCACGGGUAAGUUACUUAAUAUAUUCAGUAAAGAAAGUUACUUAAUAUAUUAAAAGGAUUAUUAAAAAUUUGAUAUUCAUUAUAUAACAAGGUGGUUGUUCACAAAUUUACGGGUACAAAUAAUUUUAAAUAUUAUGUAGUAUUGUUAUAUUUUUGACAUUUUAUAAUAUAUUUUUAGCUUUUCAACUUAAAUGGGAAUAUUUGAUAAAUAUUUUUUAAUUAAAC